AUCUAUUUCUCGUCGAAAAUCAGAACUUGGAGGCCAGGGCCUCAUCACAUGACAGCAAGGAAUCGUCAGCGUAUUCCAUGAAUACCAUUGCCCGAACGUGUAUACCGAGCUGAAACUCGAUCAUCAAAGAACCGCCGAACGGAAGCGUAUCCUACACACACACACACCAUGGCCAGUCACCAAAAGGCCAAAGGCAUCUCCGCCACCCUCUCUCCUCCAUCAACAAAACCCGCCGAUCCAGGUGCCGGUGUGGUUCCCGACAACCUCUACCACACGACCCUGACUGUAAUCGACCACCACGCCACCACCUGCGGCGCCACCACCUGCCUGCAGGUCCUCGGCACGCACACCACUCUCAAGGACGCCAAGGCUUUUGCCUACCACGACGCUCUCCGAUCGCUUAACUACCAACCCUACGACUUUGCCAUCUACGCCACCCGCGAGAACUUUGGCGUGCCUCCUCCUCCUCAGAAAAAAGGGCAAGUACCAACAGCAGAAGCAGUAGCCGCAGCGGUAGCAGCAGCAACAAAGACACCCAAACCCACCACAGCCGCAGCGAAACUGGCGGCGGAGGAGUUGGAAAACGAAAGUGGUUACUCGACAAGCACAGGCACCUCGGACACGGAGAACGAUGGGGAGCCUCCCGAGGUCUGGCCCUACGGCGACGAAGUGCUCGUGUACGCCAAGGCGCGUGCCGGCGGUCAGGAAUUCCUCAUUGGCGUCGUCGAGAAGCCCAACACGGAGCAUCUGGCUUCGGCGGGUUCCAUGUACGGGAACGUUCCCUUACUGCCGUCGCACAAGACUCCCUACUCCAAGUUCAAAUCUAAAGCAAGGCAGCCACUUGGUGCUGGCUUAGAAGCCGAAGCCGAAGCCGAAUCAGACGAGACAGAAGAACUCUCAUACGUAAUCCAAACCAAAACCGACUACAACCAAGCCCUAGCACCAGGCCAACCCGACGAGCCCGAGUCCGAGCCCGAGGAGCCCGAGCCCACCACCACCACCGGCGCCGCCCACCGCCGGCAUCAUCAUCAUCCACCCCCCCGCCGCCGUCGCUCCUCAUCCAUCACCCGUCUCUUCCAAGCCUGUGAAAUCGAAGGUUGUUUCCCUUGCAAGCGCGACGCAGUCGAUUUUGCUCGACGGUGGCUCGACGCCCAAAAGGAAUCAGGCAUGUUUGUCCAGUAUGAUGAGCGCGAACAGUUGCCAAGGUCUUUUCUCCUCCCGACAAAAGAAAAAGAAAAAGAAGAAGAAGAGGAAGAUAAACAGCAAUGGCCAUUUGGAGAAGACGUGCUUGUGCAUGCGGUUGCGUCAACGGGGGAGAAUUAUUGUGUGGCUGUUAGGACGACAAAAGGGGCGAAGGAAAGGUUUGGGAAUAAGAAGGUGCCGAGACGGGGCGGGAGGGAGAUGGAUGCUAUGGAAAUGGAGAUGGAUAUGGAGGUGCCGAGGGUGUUGGUUAGGGAGGAAGGGAUGGAGGAGACGAUGAAGGGGCGGGAGGAAAAGUGGAGGAUGAGUUAUUAUGAGGAUAUUCCCACCAAGAUUGGAACUUGAGUGGGUUGCUUGAGUUGGGUUGAGGACUGGAAUUGGGGGUGGUGGGUUGUGUUCGGGGAUAAAUAGUUGUAAUGGGGUUGUGAAUGGUGGUUUGGUGAUUCACGGUGAGAAGAGGGGGAAAAUAUGGCCAAAGGAUAAAAUGGCAAAGGUAAACGGGAGGAAUGAAUGGGGGCUGAGAAGGGUGGUUGGAGGUGUUAAGUUCGGAGACUGACUGCCCUGGGGUGGAAGGGGGAAAAAUAAUGGAAAUGGAGCAUAACAAACAAAGGAGGUUCUUCAGAUGGGUUGUUUACUGUGCAUGCUAUCUGAUCGAUCCUGGGGUUUGAA